AUGAAUUCAAGCGCAUCUUCCAGUAGCGAAAACAUAACUGAAUGCAAAGGAAGGAUUCUUCUUUCUUCUAAUACCACAGAGGCCCGUGCGGUAACUGUUACCUUAAUAAUCGUGAGUUUAAUUACUCUCCCCGUUACAAGUCUAUUGAACGGACUUGUCAUAAUCGCUGUAAAAGCAAAAUUUCGAUUGAAAACCAAGUCCAAUAUAGCACUUGCAUGCUUAGCGACCACAGAUUGUUUCAUGGGUGUGAUUGGACAGCCUACUUUUAUCGCAGUGAACAUAGCAAUUCUACAAGCUACAUCUUCUAAUACAUACUGCUUCAUAAGGCAACUAUCGAGCGUCGUCAUCACAGUAUUAGCCAGAGCAUCGCUGUUACACCUAGCUCUGAUGUACCUAGACAGGUACAUUGCCAUAAAGCACCCGUACAGGUAUACAAAUAUGGUCACAACAACUCGCAUUCUCUGUUCUUCCGCGUUUGUGUGGAUUGUGGCACUACUCUCGACUGUAACUUCUUCCCUCAUUAACAACAAACUUUACAAACAGCUGACUGAUGGCAACAUAAUCACGUUCUUCUGUACAGCCACAAUUACUUUUUGUCAAAUCGUCCUUUACUACGAGACUCGCCGUCACGAAAAACAAAUCGCUGCUUGCCAAGUUUUAGAAAACGACAGGCAAAAAUUCGUAAAGGAGAAGAAAGCACUUAAACUCACAACGACUGUUCUGUUUUUCUUAGUACUGACUUAUUCGCCUGCGAUUGUUGUUCGAAUUCUUUUCAAUAACUAUUUCUUCGAGUCCUUAAAUGCAGCACAAAUUGCCUUAGCGAUAGCGAGUUUUUUAAUAAAACAUAACUCACUUAUAAACCCAAUUAUUUACUGUAUUAGAAAGAGACAAUUUCGGAUAGCGUUUACUGAAAUACUCUUCAGAAAAAUUAAUUUACAGCCUCGUACCCAGGCCUGUUCGCGCUAUCCGAGUGACCAGAGGAGGCGAAUUUUCCCGACAAGCUUGACAGGUGACGUCACAUCCGAAAUCGCCGAGGACGACUGGGGCUGAGUAAUUUACAGGCUCAAUAAACUAAAAUGGGAGUUGAUAGAGCAAGAGAAGGACUGAGGUGGUGAAGUCAAAGUAACAAACAGAAAAAUUCAGUCAGGAGUGCCAACGGUUGAACGCGGCAUCGCCGAUAAUGGCUGCGACAAGGGUUUUGAAGUCAUAUGCGACGCUUCGACAGCUCAAUAAACUUUUCAGAUGACUUUAAUUUUCUACAGCCCAAUUUUUAGCCAAUUUUUUAUUGACCAUGCAUCCUACAGAGCGAAAGAAUAUCUUGCGGAUCAUAGUCACUGUUUGACCUGCUGUUACUUACAUGUACUUUACUUAGAGGUUUAACCAAGUAAAUGUAAAAAAUACAGGACGUUCUUGUAUUUUUGUUUUUUUUGUUUUUUCAAUUGAAUGAAUCAUUAAGUGAUAAAUUUUGCUUAAAAGCGGCAUUCGAUUAUAAAUGGCAAAUUAUUAAAGCGAGUUGGAAUAGUCUUGAGGGACUCAAGUUCACUUAAGUAGCGUUCUCACUACUUGAUUAACAAUUGACAGGAUAUGCACUAGAUCCGUCACAGUAACAUAUCUUUUGUUUGCGACCAGGUUGAUUUGCUGGCCUUUUAAAGACACUCUAAACUCAAUCUACUUUUUCCAUUUUAAGGGCUCUUUUGAAUCUUCCACCUUGGAUUACACAUGACAAUAUGAAAAUCACUUUCUUAAACAGAAACUAAAUGUUUAGAAUUUUGCUAAAAGUUAAGUGUACAGUUGAACCUCCAUUAACCGGCCACCUAUUAAUCGAUAAGUACCCAAAGUUCCGAAAAUAUUGUAGAAUAGAGUUGUGAACUUUAGCUUAAUCAAGCAGCCACGGCCUGGCCAUUUCGAAAGUUUAUAGACUCUUUAUAGUAUUGUUGGUGUUGAGUUGGGAACCUCAUUUAAACCUCUGUUAAGCGGCUGCCUUUGGCCACUCCGACGCGAGUUCUCCUUAUUGUUUUCAACCCCAUUAAGUGGCCACUAAGCGUUUGAUCCACUUUGGUUGGCUUUGUUUGGAAAUAUAAUAAACGAAAAUGCAGUUCGAGAUAGAUGGUGACGACUCAUUUUGUACUCGUAAACUAUACGUGUUACAUUAUACGUUUACAGACAUUGCCUACAUUUUCGGUUAUAAAGUUUACGCCAUAGUUGACAGCACCUUUUGUGUUCAGUUGAUAGAACCUCAUGCCAUCAUUACGAGGAGACUUUGCUUGUUAGUCAAAAUACUGCAGUUUUUCUCAGUCUUACACCUGUCUCAAGUGCGAAAGUUGUGACAAGCCUUAAAAGCUGUUUGCUUCAGGAUAAAGUGAUGUUUUUGCGAAAGAAUAAGUACCUUUUUAAGCAUCUUAAGCGGCCACUCGCCGGAGUAGCGACAAGAGACCGCUUAAUGAGGUUCAAGAGUACUCAUUUCCAGUGGUUUGUUAUGAAUUAAUUUCUGGUGAAAAGCAAGUUGUUUUGUUUUGGCAGAGUGUUCCUUUGUUCCCAACACUCACAAAAAGCAGAGUAAUGUUACUUAAAAGAACCUUAAUAUUCGCUACGGCCUCUUACCAAAUAAUUUGUCUCCUAAGUGCUGUUCGAAGCAAUGUGUUUACUCUGAAAAAAAAAAAAAUAAUCGCACUUGCGUACUUAUGUUUACCAAUUGUUUAAAAAGAGCUAAAGUCAUUGCGUCUGAUCGAUAUAAAGCUAGUUCCUCAUUACCUCGGAAAACAAGCCUCAGAACAGGAUGAAUUCAAGCGCACCCUCCAGUAACGAAGACAUAACUGGCUGCGAAGGAACGAUUCUCGUUUCCAACACCACAGAGGCUCGUGCGGUAACUGUUAUCUUAAUUAUCGUGAGUAUAAUUACCGCCCCUGUUACAAGUUUGCUGAAUGGCCUUGUGAUAAUCGCUGUGAAAACAAAAAUCCGAUUAAAAACCAAGUCCAACAUAGCACUUACAUGCUUAGCGACCACAGAUUUUUGCAUGGGGGUGAUUGGACAGCCUAUUUUUGUCGCCUUGAACAUAGUAGUUUUACAACAAGAGACGUCUUAUACAUACUGCCUCAUAAGGAAACUAUCGAGCGCCGUGCUCACGAUCAACGAGCACGGGCAACGAUCUUACACCUUGCUCUAA